UAUAUUUCUGAUUCAUUAUAAAGAACCGCUACGUGUUACUUCUUCGUUGAUCGAAAAAUACGUUUGUUUGGACUUCUUUUGCCGUCGGCGCUGGAGAUUCCGUCAGACAUUAUUCAACUUUUUAUCUAACGUUAUGUUUUGUAUUUUACAACGUUUUAUUGAAAAGACGAUAAAGGUUCACAUCGGUAAUUCGGGCUGUUUCUCCAACAAAAAUAUCGCGUGGAUUCAGCGCACAUGUAACUUACUAUGCUAUGAUAGGGCUACUUCUGUGUCGCCAGACAUGUCACUAUAAACUGUUAAUUGUUCAAAAUGUCUUCUUUUGCGUUUCUGGGAAAAACGAACAGCAUACAGAUAAAAUGAGUAGAGCCAGUGGCACAACAAUUGGAUGUAAUAUUAGAUCUCUCUGAUAUAGUAUGGUGUGUGUGUGUUUGGCACUGAGGGCUGGGAUAUCCAUGAACAUGCUGGAGCAGUGGCUCGGUGAUGCACGUGACACAAUGCGGCAGCUGGCUGGCUGACUUCAAGGCCACACUGACUGGUGCAGGAGGCCAAUUCAUUGUUUAUAGGCCGGGAGCAUUGCACGGGCUUGCACAAGAGUUUUCCCUGUGCACCCCACCAGGUGUUUUUACUCGUUCACGUCAUCUCUUGGAAUAUCCAAAGAUUCUCCUGCUUUUGAUUUUCUGUUCCACCAUCAGCUAUGUUGAUUGUUUUGGCCUCCAUCGUCCUCUUCCACAUCACCUCAGCAAUACUACUCUUCAUAGCAACCAUCAGAAAUGUAUGGUGGGUUUGGGAGGAUUACACCUUAGAUCUCUGGUAUCACUGCAACUCCACAGGCUGUUAUGAUAUACCGAACAGUGCAACCUCUGACGCAGCCUAUCUUCAGACUGUCCAGGCCACUAUGAUACUGGCCACUAUCCUGUGCUGUGUGGGUUUCUUUGUCUUCAUCCUUCAGCUCUUCCGUCUGAAGCAGGGCGAGAGAUUUGUCUUCACGGCCAUCAUCCAGCUCUUGUCUGCUUUCUGUGUGAUGACCGGCGCAUCCAUCUACACAGCAGAGCACUUAAGCUUCAAAGAGACGAAUUUUAAGAAUGGAGACUAUGGAUACUCCUUUGUCGUGGCCUGGGUCGCGUUCCCCAUGACGCUGCUGAGCGGCUUUAUGUAUCUAGUGCUAAGAAAACGCAAAUAAAGCACAACACACCACCUCACUAGCUGCCACCAGCUACAGCCUUAGCCAAGAGACUUUAUUUGUAAUGAUACUUGUUUUUAUAUGUAGAUUAAAUACUUGCCAAAGUUAGAAUGAAGUAGAUGAUCUUAUAAUAUUAAUCACUGCAUACUGGAAACUUAAUUAGAUUUUAUUCAUAGUAUGUCACAUUUUUUAACCUUGUUGUGUAUAAUUUAGCUCUACCUGCCCAGUAAAAGAAGUGCUGUGAUUUAGAGAGGUAAAAUAGGGCGUGGAAAAAAAGACAGGAGUGGGAGAUAUAAUAGGACAUAUUUAUAACGUGGAACCACUAUGGGCUCAACAUGUAUUCAUACACAAUGCAUGAUGUGAAAUUGGCCUUCUAUGUAACACUUAGUGUGUGGUAAAUAACAUGCUAGUGUGAUGUUUCCUGGUCAUUAUAUGUGCCUGGGGAAAAAGUCAUUCAAAACUAAAUCUGAAUGAAAUAUUGUGCUGCCAGUUUGCUGAGCACUAUAUCAUACUUGAAGCUGAACAAAUUAUCAAUAUUAGUGGCACAAUGUGUUCUCGUGUAUAGGACUGUUUUUUUUUUUUGUAAAAUAGUCUUUUAGUGUUGACUAAUUACAUUGCAUGUUUUUGUAUUUGUUUGCAGCAUUUAAUUUGAAAUAACUAUUAACAAAAGUACAGAUUUGUAGUUCUUUUAGACAUUCUGUUUGAUUAGGGCACUUGGGAUUUAUGUCAUAUUCAUGCAAAUAACCUUAAGAUGAUGGUGUUGGAGAAGCACACCAAUGGUUUUAGUUUUCUUUCUUGUGUAAUCAUUUCGUCCUUAAAUCUGCCAAGCAAUUAGCUAAUAUUAUUUAGGUGAAAGUGAAGUUAAGCUGUAUUUAUUAAGACUAACUGCAUUGUUGCUGUUAAUAUUUUUUGUAAGGAAGUAUUAUAUCAACAGGCCUGAACGUGUUUGUAUAAUGCUUAAUUUUCAGAAGGUUUUAAUGAAUAUUAGUGAAGGCUUUUGUAAUCGGAAGGAAACCACAAUGGCAGCUUUGUGUUUAAAUGUCUGCUGAGUUGUUCAGGUCAGGUCUGUUUCUGGAGACUGAUCCCCACCAAGGGCUCAAUAUUGUUUUUAUUUUUUUUUUAAAUCAAAUAAAUGUAUUUUACAUUAACAGACGGUUUGUGACUCUUCCUGUUCUGAUGUACAGCAAAUACUGUUGGAUCAAUCUCUA